AUGGGUAAAAUAUUAGACGUCAUUGAAGCUACUUGUUUAAUCUUUAUACUAUAUUACUUUAGUGGCAUUAAUAGUGAACAGAAGUGUUGGUUUCAUUUUUCCUCUUUUGUAUUUAAAUUGAUUAUUUCCUGUUUUAGAUCAAACGAGGAUAGACAUGGUUCAUUGUCAAAAAACUUGGCUCAUUUUGUCACAACAGUUUGUAAAGCAUUCAUUCAAUAUAAUGAAAAUUCUGAGCUAUAUACCAAAGACUUAUAUAAUUUGCUCUCAUUUGUUUUAACAACCGCUCAAGAUAUAUUUUUUAUUUUUGAUAAAGAAAAAAAACAACAACUACAACGACAAAAACAAGAAGAACAUAAUGUAUAA